AUGACACGCAGCGACAAUACCCAGCUUCUUAUCGCGGUCUUCAAGCAAUGGCAAUAUGCUCGUAUAGAUACAAAUAAGCUAGGGGAAGAUCUCGGUAUCAAUGGCGGCGCUGCAGGUAUGCGUCUGUUUCGACUUAAAGCGAGGCUCCGUACUGGAGAAGGGCCAACAAUCGCGGAUAUAGCACUCCUUACCGCCAUCAUAAAUCAGGAAAGGCUUUUACCUAGACUCGAUUAUACGCUGCUUGGUGCAGAUCUCGAAAUCAACCCUAGAGCUGCAGCCAUGCGUUGGUGGAGGUACAAGGUGCGUCCGGAGGGGGAUGCUAGGAUAGUCCAACAGCAAGAGAGAGAGAGAGAUAAUCCACGAAGCGACCCAGCCGAAAACCAGAUUGCUUCGGAGAAAGGAACAAAUAGCACAGAGUCAGGGGUUUUUGGAUGGCCGUACAAUGAGAGGGGCUGGCCGGACGAUGCUUGGGAGGCUUAA